AUGCAGCCUGUGUCCCGUCACUCAGUGACUCGCCAGAAACAUCAGACAAAAGAAGUGCCGAAGCAAUUCGAAAUAACAUCUGACGAUCAUGCAGUGGAAACAUUCCAGAAGUAUAUCCGAGACAUAUCCAAGAUGAACCCUAGAUCCAACGUGACGUACUUAUACAAGAUCAAAGUGGAACCACAGAAAACGUACAAAACGACGAUAAAGAAGAAAUCGAAGAAGUACCAAGUGCCGUUGAAGAAACAAAGCAUGCAUCUGUCAACCCAUGAGCUGGUGAUGAAGCGAAUGGUGGAGGAAAAGGAAAAAGAACAAACAAGUGAACCGAAGAAGAAACAAGUGAAUGUGAACGUGUCCGUCACGACAGAGGUGGAGGAGGUGAGCACAACGAGGUCGCCUCAUGCUUUGAAGUACAAACCAGUGCUGAACAAGAUACAUAGGAUAAAAAAAUCGAAGUUUGGGUCCAAGCCGGUGAAGUCUAUGGUCUCUACGUUCGUUUCUAAGGUUUAGUGAAGUUUUUUUUU